AUGAACGCGCUCUUCCUCUUUGAUGCACAUCGACUGCUAGGCUUAGCAACACUUUUCAGCCUGCUGCUGAUCUGGUACACCACACGAGGAGGAGAUGGCUCUGCCUGGCGGAAGCUAGGAAACCAGGCACAACAGCACUUUGGGGACCCGUCAUGGAAAGAUCAGAAGCUCCCACCUGGAGCGACAAUUGAGCAUGGAGGCGAAGCAGUGCCAGCAGCGCAGUCUGCGAUCGAGAACUUCGAGAACAUCGAGAACAGCGAUGACGAAAACGAACAGACUCCGACGAGCAGCGAGACAACCUUGGAAGACAGCGUGCCAGAGCAUGCUACGUCUGAGAUGACAUUGGACGAACCACAUGCGAUUCGCGAAGAUGCGCACAAAUUCUCUCAUGCCGAUGAGUUUCUCCCACAUUUCCAGGAUGUGUUGAAACUUCCUGGUGUUGAUUUCGAGACGUGUAAAUCGACGUGUACGUGGCCGGAUCUGAAAAAGGUCAACUUCCAGUUUCCUGGCGAAGGCGAGGGAUGGGGAGGAGUGAACCUCUCAUGGACCAAGACUCCCUAUCCACAAGCACAUCUGGAUUCAGAGAGAGCCAAAUGGCAGUCUCACGUACAGACAGGUUUCAUGCCGUGGAACGAGCACUCACACCGCUUCAAUGGUCGUGGAAUAGUGAUCGUGGGCGGGAAGAGCAUCAAGAAAAUCGUGGUUGUUUUGAGGAAACUCUUUCUCCUGCGAUCGCAAUUACCCGUUGAGAUCCAUUAUUGGGGAUACGAGAUGACGGAUGAGAAGAAGAAAACAUUGACUGAUCUGAUGCCGACGAUCACCUUCAACGAUCUAUCAGGCGAGCACAAUAUUUUCAGAUCGUCUUAUGUUGCUGUUCCCGGGAAGACAAAUUACCAGCUCAAAACCGCCGCCAUGAUCAACACCCGCUUCGCCGAACCCCUCCUCCUUGAUUCCGAUAACAUUCCCAUCCUCGCUCCAGAAUUGCUCUGGAACUCUACCGAGUACCUCGAAUACGGCACCAUAUUCUGGCCCGACAUCGCUCGAACCCGCCCAGAUAACCCGAUCUGGUCGAUCACCAACACGCAAUGCCGCAUGAACGAAUACGAGCAAGAAUCCGGACAACUUCUGGUUGACAAACGCAAAUUUUGGUAUCAUCUUCAACUUUCUGCAUGGAUGAACGCACCCUCAGUCGACGAAAAAGGCGAAUUCAAAGCCGAAUCUCCAUAUUUCAGCAUUCUCCUCGGCGACAAAGAUACAUUCCGUUUCGCAUGGCACGCGCUGAAAACGAAAUAUGGAAAGCCAUCGAAGUUUCUCACUAGUGUUGGAACUGUUGCUGGACCGGAGAAAUUCUACUGCGGGCAUUCAUUUCUGCAGUAUCAUCCUGACGGCCGCCCGAUGUUCAUGCACGGUGGAGCGCUCAAGACGAUGGCAAAGGAGGUGAUGAAAUGGCACCGCGAAGAAAAUGGAGGAGUGUAUCAGGUAUACAAGAAGAGUGAUUAUGAAGAACAACAUGAGAAGGUGGUGAAUGUGAGAAUUGGGUUUGAUGGGAGGCAGUACGAUUUUCCAGGGAAAGAGACGAUGGAUGAAGGACAUGUGACGUUUUGUACGUUGUUGGAUGACAUUGAGCCUAGGCCAUUGGAGGAGCUGGUACCUGGGUUUGAGCAGGACUUUGAUUAUAUUGGGGGAUAUUGGCCGCUGGAGGGUGGGUGA